AUGGCAAAGAAGGCCCUUCCAAAACGCGUCAAGACACUGAAGAGGGGCCAUGCGAAAGAUGUGAAGAUGUGCGAGGCAGUAGCUACAUAUCGGCAGGAGCAGGCGAAGCCGGAGGGGUCACGCAGAGGUGCACGCAAGAUUGCUGAGGACCUCGGGAUUCCUAAUCAAUGGAGGACCAUAAUCAAUCGUGCCAAUGGCGGUCGCAGUGUACAAGAAGCUCACGAAGAGCAGCAGAAGCUCACACCUGCCGAGGAAGCCGUGCUCGUGGAUUUCCUUCUUCAGUCGGCUGAGCGUGGCUUCCCCCAGUACAUCUUCGACAUUGAAUCUUGCGCAAAUAUCAUACGAGCAGUGCGUCUUGGGCCAGAGUGCGAGAAAGUUGGCGACGACUGGGCAGAUCGGUUCCUCAACCGCCACCAUGACGUUUUGCAGACGCACUGGAGCAAGCCACUAGACACGCAGAGAGCACAAGCCAUGAAUCCAGAGGCAAAAAAGAAGUGGUUUGAGUUGGUUGAGAAGUUUGUAGUGCAGCAGGGAAUUCGGCCAGAGGAUUUGUAUGCGAUGGAUGAGACAGGGUGCCCACCUUCUGAUCAAGGAACUUCAUGCAUGGUCGGAGCUCGUGGGAGCAAGACGCAACACAAGCAGGGUGGCAGUAAUCGUGAAAAUGUGACAGCUUUGGUGACGAUCUGUGCAGAUGGGACAACACUGCAUCCCACGAUCGUCUUCAAGGGAAAGAAUUUCAUGACGAAAUGGGCAGACAAUAAUGUCUCAGGGGCAUCGUUUGCGCAUUCGCCGAAUGGAUGGACAGAUGGCGAGCUAGGACUGCAAUGGAUGAUUAAGGACUUUGAUGCCCAUACAAAAGAGAAGGCCGGGGGACGUACCCGUGUUCUUCUUAUGGACGGACACAGCUCCCACUACACUCUUGAGUUGCUGAAGUAUGCAAGAGCAAACAAUAUUUGCAUCCUUGGCUACCCUCCUCACUGCACUCAUGCCCUCCAAGGUUUGGAUGUUGUGUGCUUCGCUAAGCUGAAGAAGGAGUUCCACAUGGAGAUCCAGCAAUUUGAAGCCCUUCACAGGUCUCGUGUUAUGAAGGCUGAUUUUGCUGGAGUCUUCGGGCGCGCAUUCUUGCGCGCGUUCACCGAGGAGACGGUCAGAGCGGCUUUCGAGGCUACAGGGAUCUGGCCAUUCAAUCCGGAUGCAGUUGCUGAGAAACAUACCAAACCAAGUCUAGCUACCUUCACAAAAAGCGGAUUUCCUCUCCAACAGCCAAGCCUCCAUGCACUCCGCACUGAUCGCAGGACCCUCACACCUGCCCGUGUCGUCUCCUCGAACCUCGACACGAGUAACACAGGCUGUGGGUGA